CUUCCGUUCCAAGAUGGUUAGGAGGACAAUACAAUUGGAUCAAAAAGCAAUGGGUUUGGAGAUUAAACGGAAAAUUAAUCAAAUACCAAUCAUUUUUACCAAACAAUAAUGCAUCCUCUGAAUGGAACUGCUUAUUGUCCCAUCCAAGUUACAAUUUUAAUUGGAUAGGAAGUAAAUGUUGGGAAAAACAAUAUUUCAUCUGCCAAACACAUUUGCUUCACCCACAAUUAAAAAAUGGCACCCAUAAGAACCAACCGGGUUAUUACAUAGUAACACCAACACCCCCAAAAAAAGGAAAACCGAAGAUAUCAAUUGUUUGUCCAAGGGAUUUUCAACCGAUUGGAAGGAAAUGUUUUAGUUUUAGUACUGAAAAAGAAACUUGGCAACAAGCUUAUCAUAAAUGUGAAGAUAAAAGAUCGCAAUUGGCAAUAUUUCGAAAACCGGGUCAAAAUAGAAAGUUAAAAUUACACGCGCGCAAAUUAAGAUUGUUCGAAGAUGUUUGGUUGGGUGGUCGAUACGAUUGGAAUCGUAAAAACUGGAAGUGGGCUAAAAAUGGAAAAAUAAUCCAAGGAAGGACACCCCAAAAAGAUCAAGAUUGGACGUGUUUAACUUGGAGCUAUAAUCUAGAUACGUACGGUGCCGAAAAUUGUUUAACGACUCAAUAUUAUUUGUGCCAAACUCAACCCGAUAAUAUUCAAAAGAAAAAAGAAAAGAAAAUCAAAAAAGUUGAAUUUCGUUUUGAACUUUACAACAAAACAGAUUCUACGAGACAUUACGAUUAA